CGCUGGCCGGACAGAGACAUCAGAACUCGCUCAGCCAUCUCAGGAGUUGAGUCGAAGAGAUCCUGUGGAGUACGGGAACACACGCCACCGACCCACCAGCUAUGAAGGUCCUCGUUGUUCUCGCCGUUGCCUGCGCUGCGGCUCACGCCGGUUUCAUCGGUGGUGGCCAUGGAGGAACUUCUACCCAGCACCGUUCUCAAGAUAUCUCUGGCGCCUACAGCUUCGGCUACAACGAGAACCACGCCACUGGUGGCACUUCUCGCUGGGAGUCCGGUGACGGCGUAGGCAACAAGAAGGGCUCGUACAGCCUGCGUGGCGCCGAUGGCCGCUGGCGUACCGUCAAGUACGUCGCUGAUGGCGCUGGAUUCCGCGCAGCCGUGUCCACCAACGAGCCAGGCACCGCUCCAUCCUCCCCCGCCUCUGCUGGCAUCAAUGCGCCCAUUCUUCACGUUCCUGCCGGACACCACGAUGGUGCCUACGGAGGCUACGCUGGUGCCUAUGGAGCUGGAGCGUACGGAGGUGGAGCGUAUCUUGGAGGCGCUGGUUAUGGAGCUGGAGGUUACUACGGAGCCGGAGCCGGAAUCGGAGCCGGAGCGACUAAGGCGGCCCACGUCUUCGGUGCUGCUAUUCCCGGAACUGGCUUCGGCGGCUUCGGAAGCUACGGCGGCUACGGGGGCUACGGCGGCUACGGAGGUGGCUAUGGAGGCUACGGGCACCAUGGUUAUGGGGGUCAUGGCAUCAUUAAGCAUUAUUAGGUUAUGUAACAAAGACUAAUGAUUGUUGCUUGUGGCUUCAACUCUCAUUUAGUGUUCAUAGUUUUUCCUAUUGUUGGUACCGGUGCUUUGUCGCCAUUGUUGCUCACUUCUCAAUGGUCUCCCUUAUAUGGCCCCCUUUUGUGCAAAGACUCAAGUUCCUAAGUGCAUUGCUUUGUUGCUUCAGUGCUGCUCACCUUCGCUAGUUGUUUGCCUUUAUGUGUUGACCAAAUAGUGUGUGUCGUGCUUGUUUUCAAUAAAAAAAUGUCUUAU